AUCAAUGUGGCCAUCUAACAAGAAGCCCCCUUCAAAAUAUCUGCUCCCUCUGCUUCUCUUUCUGUGACAUAGAUUGGGUAAAGUUGUCAUUUCUUCAGUAUGUUUGCCGGUCGCAGGCUCAACACGGUUUCCAGGGCGUUGAAGCCACCAACUCAGCUUCGAUACGCCAGUCAAGCGUCCUCCGAAGCGCGUUUGAACAAACCCAUCGACUUCAAAAAGACAGCCGUCCUCCACCAGUCACAGAACAGUGCCAGAACUGCCUACGGGCUCGCUCAAGAUGCACCGGUCGACUGGGUUAACCUGCACGGUGCCAUAAAUGCCUCUCUCCAUCAUGCUUUGAAGAGUGAUGAGAAUGUGCUCCUCUUUGGCGAAGAUGUCGCCUUUGGUGGCGUCUUUCGAUGUUCAAAAGGCUUGACGGAUGAGUUUGGCACCAGUAGAGUGUUCAACACCCCGCUGUCUGAGCAAGGGAUUGUUGGUUUUGCCAUUGGCUGUGCGGCUGAGGGCAUGAAACCUGUCGCCGAAAUCCAAUUUGCAGAUUACGUCUUCCCAGCAUUUGAUCAGCUGGUCAAUGAAGCCGCCAAAUUUCGAUACAGAGAAGGCGGGACGGGCGGCAACUGUGGAGGCUUGGUGGUGCGAAUGCCGUGCGGUAGCGUCGGCCAUGGUGCUCUCUACCACUCUCAAAGUCCAGAAUCGCUUUUCACACAUGUGCCCGGCCUCAGGGUCAUCAUGCCUCGAUCACCAAGCCAAGCAAAAGGACUACUCACAGCGUCCAUUCUUCACUCUCACGACCCAGUCAUCUUCAUGGAACCAAAAGUCCUAUACCGCGCCGCCGAGGAGUUCGUCCCCAGAGAUCCAUACACACUGCCACUAGACAAAGCAGAGGUCCUGAAGCAGGGCAAAGAUCUCACAGUCAUCUCUUACGGCCAACCGUUAUACCUUUGCGCUGCUGCUAUUGAAGCUUUGGAGAAGGAAGUCAAAGGUCUGAGUAUCGAACUCAUUGAUCUGAGGGCCAUUUAUCCUUGGGAUCGAGCUACCAUUAUGGAGAGCGUGAACAAGACAGGCCGCGCUGUUGUGGUGCAUGAGAGUAUGUACAACGCCGGUGUAGGAGCCGAGGUUGCCGCAAGUAUACAAGAAGGGGCAUUCCUCCGACUGGAGGCUCCUGUGGCUAGGGUUACGGGCUGGAGCACGCAUCCAGGGCUGAUCUUCGAGAAAUUUAACAUUCCAGACAUUACGAGGAUCUAUGACGCUAUUAAAAGAACAUUGGAAUACUGAGGUUAGGCCAAUGCUCAAUAGCCUCACCUUGGACAUCGUUGCCAUGACAUGCCCAAUCAGCGUCCCUGACUCACACAACUGCUGUCAAUGAUAUCGACUUGGAAUGUCGUCCCUAGCUCCGCCGGCCCCCAAAGACGUUCCGCCUUCCAUGGGCAGACAUCAAGGUUAACGAGCGAUCUAACUUCCGCCGGACCAAGUCUCUAACUAUCUAACCAUCCUCGUCAAACCAGCGCAGGCCUUGCGACCAGGUCAUCACGAGUAUGAGACCUCUGCCGGAGUACGGCAGGGUACUGCAUGUACGGACUGGAGAGCGACGCUUUACUCAAAACUGGUGGCCACCACGGCAGCACGGUUCCGGCGAUGGAGAAACGAUGGAAAUGUCGGCUGAGAGAGGAUGCCAGGGCCGAGAAGACCACACUGUAUAAAGGAAAUCAUGUGCUCUCCAAACCGACGCUUGGCGGCUAUACACGAAGACGAGAUCAAGAUCAAGGAGAGAAUAAAGCAGCCCGAGCUCCAUGGUGGUCCAUAGGAGACUAUGAUGAUACCGGGCAUCUCUUGGGACACGGUCUCCCACUUAGAUCUUGCCAGAUGGGCAAAAGAGAGGAUAUGUCGGAGGGAUUGAUCUAUCUCUGCCAAGGCAUUGAAAAAGAAAAUUCCCGGUUCCAUCCAUCACAUUCGUACCACAGCGCUGAGCGUUUCAUCACAAUCUAUAUCUUGCUCUAGAUCAUGAUUAAUAUUAGAACUCUAAAUCUAAGUAUCUGACCACUG